AUGUCUACCGCAGCAGUGGCUCAGCCUCAACACCCUAUUUUCUCAACCUCAUCUCACAUCCGAUCUGCUCCCAAGAAGAACAUGUCCAUCACGCAGACCUACUACCUGGCCCACAAGGCCCGGGCCAAGCUCUCCCGCGAGGCUGCCCAACCCGACCACGACCUCCGUCUCCUCGUCGGCCACGCCAACCUGCUCGACUCCUUGAUGCUCGAGCUCGCCGAUGCCGAGCGCGAGCAGGAGCGCUGGUUCAACCAGUCCGUCCGCGGCGCCAGCAACCCCAAGCCCGCCGACCGCCGGGUGCAGUGGGCGGACCGCAUUGUCGAGCAGCCCGAGGAGGAGUACGACGACUCUGACUCCUCCGACUCUGACUCCGACUCCGACUUUGACGAGGACGACGUCGAGAUGACCAACGCCGUCUCCGCCCGGGUUCCCGUCGCCGCCCAGCGAGCUCAGCUCGUGAACGUAGACGACGAGGAGGAGAUGGGCGACGAUCUCGAGGAGGACUACGCACAGCUCGAACUCGUCCGGACUCCGUCUCACUCCACCUCACCGCCCGAGCUUGUUGACCACGACUCGGAAUCCUCAGACGACGAGUCCAUGCCGCCCUCGCCAGCCGACGCCUCGCUGCCCUACAACGAAAAGGAAGCCGCCAAGGAGGAAGGGGAAGAAAUCUUCAACGACGAGUACUACACCUCUCAGCAGACGUCAGCGGGUCUGGUAACCGCCAUCUCGGUAUACUAA